AUGGACUUUCUAUUUGAUCUACCGACGCAUUUACCAAAUGAAACACCUGAUACAUCCACUGCCGAAACUACAGAGCUACAGCCACCAACAACUAGCGAGAACGUACAAGAUCCAGAAGACACACAAAUUCAUGAUUCACCAUCCACCGAUGCCACCACCACCAAUAAGAUAGUAGCAAUACCAGGAACCAAUAUAACAUUACAAACAGAAGAAGACAUUGCUAAGUGGAUAGAAGAGAGAAAGAAAAACUGGCCCACUAGAGCCAAUGUUGAACGUAAACAACAGCUCAAGGAAGAAAAACGAAAACUACAACAAUCCAAUCAACAAAAUACGAGGCAAAAACGCUCAAUGGAGGAUGAAACCACCCUGGAUAAUAAACGAAAUAAAACCGUUUGUCGGUUUUUUCAACAAUAUGGAAAAUGCAAAUAUGGAAACAAAUGUAAAAAUAUUCAUGAGACACCCAAUCUUCGAGACGACCCUAACCCAAUUGCAACUAAAUUCAACAAUAGCUUAACUCAUUACAAGAGACAAUUGAAUGGUGUUACUUUUCUUGUACCAAAAUUAUAUUCAAAUCGAACUGAAAAUACAGCAAUGUCCAAAUCGUCACUUUUCAAGCAUUUAAUCACUCAAGAUCAGAUGAAGAACGAAAAUAGUUUGGUUAUUGACUUUAUCAGGUAUCUCGAUGACAAGGGAAUGAUAGAUCGCGAUGUUAUGAAGAAGAAGGAAGAAUAA